AAGAGGUUCCGAAAGCGGAGCCCUCAUAGGGUAGCAGCAUCUCAACCAAACCCACACACAGACACACACACGCACGCUCACAGAAGGAGCAGAAAAACAAAGAAGCCAAACCCUCUGAAAUCAUCUCAGCAGAAGAAGCACGAUAAGACACAUACGCCUAAAGAUGGGGCCCGGAUUGUUCUGGAACUUCCCCUCCAAGACUAGCUGCACGGUUUCACAGACCCUGCUGCAGACGAUGUUGCUCUCCAAGAUGGCUGGCAUGAAAGAACAGCAAUUCAUCGAGGAGAAGCCGUUACUUCCAGAAACCCGAGGCCAGGAGACAGAAAUGGCAAAGGCAGCGUGUGUGAACGCAGGACCCUGCCCCCAGCCAGCACGCCCUGCCCGCAAGUGGCAUGAGAUCGCUCGCCAUUGGCUCGGUGUGACACGCCGCCACCGGACCAGCGGGGGGUGCAUCCCGGAGAACUGUGAGAGCUUCAUGCCCGUAGGAGACUGGAAGGAACAUGACAUUGAGACUCCCCAUGGUAUGCUGCAUGUGGUGAUCCGUGGGGCUCCAAAGGGCAACAAGCCUGCAAUCCUCACCUACCAUGAUGUAGGACUCAAUCAUAAGCUGUGCUUCAACACUUUAUUUCAUAAUGAGGACAUGCAGGAAAUCACUAAACACUUUGUGGUCUGCCAUGUCGAUGCUCCCGGCCAACAAGUCGGAGCCCCUCAGAUGCCAGCGGGGUACCAAUACCCCACCAUGGACCAACUAGCAGGUAUGCUACCCAGCGUGGUGGAACACUUUGGAUUUAAGAGCAUUGUGGGAAUUGGAGUAGGAGCUGGUGCAUACAUCCUUGCCAAGUUCGCUCUGAUCUUCCCUGACCUCGUCGAGGGUUUGGUUCUACUCAACAUUGACCCCAAUGGGAAAGGCUGGAUCGACUGGGCUGCUUCCAAACUAUCUGGAUUGACCAGCGCACUGCCUGACACGGUCCUACCUCACCUCUUCAGCCAGGAGGAGCUGAUGAACAACAGCGAGCUGGUGCAGAGCUACCGACAGCAGAUCAACAACACCAUCAACCAGUUCAACCUGCAGCUCUUCUGGAAUAUGUACAACAGCCGUAGAGAUCUGGAGAUGAAUCGCAGCGGGACUGUUCUCAAUGCCAAGACACUCAGAUGCCCAGUGAUGCUGGUGGUUGGAGAUAACGCUCCAGCAGAGGAGGGUGUAGUUGAGUGCAACUCCAAACUGGACCCGACCAACACCACUUUCCUGAAGAUGGCUGACUCGGGUGGACUGCCUCAGAUCACACAGCCUGGAAAACUGACAGAGGCCUUUAAGUACUUCCUGCAGGGAAUGGGCUACAUCGCGUCUAUAAAGGAUCGGAGGAUGAGUGGAGGACCAGUGCCCUCGGCCAGUAUGACUCGGCUGGCGCGCUCUCGCACUGCUUCUCUGACCAGCGGCGGCUCAGUGGACGGCACCCGCAACCGAGCGUGCACACACUCAGACAGCACCGAGGGUGUGGGUCAAGUCAGCCACACCAUGGAGGUGUCCUGUUGAGCUCAGCUUACACACACACACACACACACAUACAUACACACACACAAACACACACACAACACACAUGUGUAGAUGGAGGGCAUGAAACAGAUAGCAGUAGGGACUGAGUUGAAGGAAAGGGCAGAGAUUUGUUCCUCUGUGCGUUUCUGUUCUGUAAAUCGACACACUGCGCCGCUCUCCUCUUCUGCUUGUUUCAUGACUUCUGUUGUUGCGCAAAGUGUAUUCGUGUUUUUUCGCUUCAGUGUCCUCCUCUGUCCUUCCAACAUCACGCCAGCCUCGACACCGACUCCCAUGAUCCUGUGCUCUCAUGUCCUAUCACGGUCUCCUGGAGUGACUGGUGGCUUUGAUGAAGGCGCAGAUGAAUUUUGAGUAAAAAUAAAUAAAUAAAUAAAAAGAAAACAACAACAACAACAAAAAUGAUAAGGGGUGUUCUUGCACCUCCAGGCUCCGGGUUCGAUUCCUGUCUCCGGGUCUGUGUGCAUUGAGUUUGCUUGCUCUCUCUGUGCUUGGCAGGUUUUCUCCAGGUACUCCGGUUUCCUCCCACAGUCCAAAGACAUGCAGAUAAGUUGGACUACAGAGGUUCCUAGAUGGAUGAAUGGAAUUUGUUUAGUUAGCUAGCGAGCUAAUCUUGUAGCUUGUAACCCAGCUACAUGCUCUUGGGCCUGGUUGAUAUACCGGAGACCUACAUUUGUGCAUGGAUUUCACCAUCGUAGGGUUUAUUAUCCAGAAGGCAGGUUGAGGGACGUCCAGUGGCUGUCUUGGCCAUGAGCAAAAGAGAUGUGAAGAUGUCAGUUCUUAGCCAAACACUGCAGCUCAUGUGUGUUGCGAAAUCCUUCUGCUGAAUAGCUCGAAAUAGCCCGUUUUUCUAUCAAAUCAGUUAAACAAUCGUAUUUGGUAAGUAAUCUUGUUGUCACAUAUUGCAGUGCAUUGUGGGAUGUCAAUACUACGUCAUUUCAAAUAGAAUUCAAGCAGUAUUAUAAACCUCUAAAACAGAUAAGGUUCACUGCACUACUCACUACUACACCAGUUAAACAGUAUACUUAUUAUAGUCUACACUGUUUAAGCCAUGAUAACGCUAUCCAGCUUUAGCAUGCUAAUGCUAGUGCACCACUCUAAGAGCUACUGUAUAAACGAUACCAUUUAACUGUAGUAUUCUCAGAGAAGUGUGCACUACUCCUGCCUUGAUCACUAGUAUCCUAGCUGUAGUCCUGGCUUAAAUACAUAUAACUUACUUACUCCUCAUAUGGCGCGUCCUACUCAAGUACACCAAACGUUGCAUGUUGCAUGCUCAUAAUGUGUACACUCCAUUCGUGAUAACAUAAUAAUCACUAGGUGGUGGGUGCAUUCCUCUACCUGGUUUUAUAGUAUUGUUGUGUAGAGGGCGUUAAUCUCUUGUACACUAACUGUAAUACAUAAUAUUUACCACCUAAGUCAAAUCAUGCAUACUAAAUGUGAAGUGCAAAAGCUUCAAGCACUUUGACUUUUGGUUCUAAAGUGAAGUAGUGUGCACUACUUUACCAAAGAAUCGUUGUGAUGCGCCAUUUGACAUUCCUUUAACUCUACUACAGUAACCGAAGCGUACCCCUCUCUAGCUUUUUGAUGUCGUCACUAUCUGACACGAGUUAUGUUUUACGUAUACUCAUUGUGGUAUGCGCUCCCCUUCUACAUGGAAGUGGUUUUGCCUGUGAUCGGUUCAUCACGGUUUCCAUUCUGUAGACAAUCACCAUCCGAGACGAACCAAACCCGGAACUGCGAACUGAGGCUGAACCUGCGUGCAGGUGGAGAGGUCAUGGGUCAUCGGUCAUAAGCCAGGCCAUAGAACUGAUAAGCAUGUAGAAAGCAAAGGAAAGGAGAACAAAGUCAGAAACCACACCACACUCAGCAUUCAGGCUCUUUUUUGGUUCCACGAUGAAGCAAAUGAUGCGAAAAAUGAUCUGCACUUGCGCUGGCACUAAGGCCAUGCCAAGCACAUGAGCUGUGAGAUGAUUGGCUAGAGCUGCCCUGUGAUUGUAUCCCAAACGAGACGAGGUCCUCGUGCUCAGCGUCGUCUCCCCUUUCAAGACACAACCGCUCAAACCGAUCUUCUUGAAUGUUACUUCAUUUUCUCAGCUUCCUCUAUUACUACCACUACUACUACUAUUACUCAGGGGUGUUUCUUGUUCAUGUGUCUGUGAGGGACGGGGCUGUCUGGAGCCUUAUGCUCCAAGCUCGGAAUGUAGGGCAAAUCCCAAAACCCCUAAAAACUCAAGGUGCCCCGACCCUCAGAGAUACAGUACGUGCAGUCGCCCCAAAGGGCUAAUCGACCCCUUGUUCCCUAUGUUAUCACUCCUAGUGCACAAGAAAAGGGACAAACUCUGCAUAUGCUGUCCGGUUCGAACGACGAAUGCAGCAAAUGUGAAAUAAGUCGACUUUCGUAAGUUACGUGAAAAGGAUAGAGUGUGAGCAAAUGUGGGAGUCAUGAAGGGCUUUCGAGACUUUGGAUGAUGAUUGACUGCGAAACAUUUGGAUUAGAGUGAAGGGACUGAGGUUUAAUGAUACUAAUAAUGAAAUUAAUAUUGCACAAGUGUUAAAUGUAGCUCAGAGUGUUUUAAGGCAUGUGUGAAAGUCAAACAAUGACGGCGAACAAAAAUAGGAAUAAGCUAUGGAAAGGAUUUAGGCUUAACAGAAAGUAAAGUUAAAAUGCUUUUCAAUUAACGGAGUAAAAACAGACCGGGUUAGCCACCAGUAGAAGAAAGCUUCUCAUGUUUUAGAACUGAUAUUGGACAAGCUGUAUGUUUUUCCUGCCUCUGUUUGCAUGAUACUGUAUAAGCCCGAGACUGUGUUUCAUGAUUUAUGUCUGUCAGUUGUUAAGCAUGCCUCCUGUUCUCCACAUAACCGAGUGUUUCCCAUCACUGAUCUGAGGUCAGGUUUGGUCUGGGACGCUUGUCGUCGUCGGAACUGAUGCCGGAUCAGACUCUGAAUUGUCAGCGCAGCUCCGUCCCAAAACACCUAAACUACCACUCGGUCUGGGCUCAGCACUCUCGUGCCCUGCUUUUCACGUCCUGAACUUCACAUUAGCACUCAUCACUUUCUUCCUGCUGUAGAUAUUCGCUGUUUUUAGAUAAUAACAAGCAAAAAGGGUUGCUUUGUCUUGUGCAAGUAUACAGUUCACAUUCCCCCAGUCCUACUUAUUAUUAUGAUUAUUAUUAUUAUGAUUAUGAUUAUUAUUAUUAUCCUCCAUCGUUUUUGUAUUGAGCAAUAAUUAAGUUAUUGUGUUUUGAGAUGGUUCUUCCUUUCAGAACUCCAAAAGAAAUCUGUAGAGACAGUACGACCAAACCUUUCCUGCCUGAUUCAAACAAGGGUUCAUGUACAAUGUAAAUCUAUAUAGAAUUAAGCCAUCAAUAUAUGUGUACUGAUCAUGUAACAAUGACAAAUAAACGAGAACGUAACAACGA